AUGACAAGUGGAAGACACCACCAUCUUGUACCGCCAUCGAAAGUGGCUAAAGUAAAUCGUCUUCGCUUCUUUGGUCAUAUAUUGAGGAGACCGGCAGAUCGCCUUGUUCAACGAGUUCUCAGGAGUUCGUCGGGUUCGAGCUGGAAGAAACCACCUGGACGAAAACGGAAGUUCUGGACUGAGGUGGUGAAAGAGGACUUGAGGACACUCGGCGUGGAUAGGCAGUUCAGGCGAGACGUAAGGUUUCGCAGAAUAUGGAACAGCGACGAAUGGAUUGAUUCUGUGCAAGCUCUCGCAGACGAUCGAGAAGGUUGGGCAGAGCUGUGUUCAAGGACGGCACACCUCGGCGAAGAUGCGGGUAAUCGCGUCAGGCGAUGA